ACACUGCUUUGUUCAACAGUAGGAGGGGGGGGGCGCAAACGAGCACAGUUUGCCUGCUAUAAUCGGUGAAUAGAAUCUGCUAGGGCGGGCAGUCCCGUUUUAUCUCUGUCUAGUCGUGUUGUAACGUAUCUUUCAAAUAUUUGUCUUUCCUGUAGGAUUUCUAUCAAGGGAUGUCAAAGCGAGUACGAAGCAGAGAGGUCUGCGCUGAUUGCAGUGCUCCGGAGCCACGCUGGGCCUCUGUUAACAGGGGUGUGAUGAUCUGCGAUGAGUGCUGCAGCAUCCAUCGAGGUCUGGGGCGACACAGCUCUCAAGUCCGACAUCUGACACAUUGUCCAUGGCCACCCACCCAGAUACAGAUGGUCCAGACACUGUAUGGCAAUGGAGCUAAUUCCAUAUGGGAGCAUAGCCUCCUGGACCCUUCCUCUUCAGUAAGUGGGAAGCGCAAAGCCAACCCCCAGGACAGAGUUCAUCCCAACAAGACAGAGUUCAUCAAGGCCAAAUAUCAGAUGUUGGUGUACGUCCAUCGGAUGCCGUGUCGGGAGGAUGACAGUGUAACAGCAAAAGACCUCAGCAAGCAACUCCACUCCAGUGUCCGGACUGGAAACCUGGAGACCUGCCUAAGACUCCUAUCUUUGGGAGCACAAGCCAACUUUUUCCAUCCCGAGAAAGGAAACACCCCACUACACAUAGCAGCAAAAGCAGGACAAAUGUUACAAGCAGAACUGUUGGCAGUUUAUGGAGCUGAUCCCGGGGCUCUGGAUUCCAGUGGAAAGACCCCCAUCGAUUAUGCAAGACAAGCUGGGCAUCAGGAGCUGGCAGAGAGGCUAGUGGAGAUACAGUAUGAACUCACUGACCGGUUAACAUUUUACCUUUGUGGAAGAAGACCAGAUCACAGAAACGGGCAGCACUUCAUCAUUCCACAGAUGGCAGACAGGAAUAACAGCCUGGAUUUGUCAGAGUUUGCAAAAGCCGCAAAGAAGAAGCUCCAGUCGCUAAGUAACCAUCAGUUUGAAGAACUUGCCAUGGAUGUUUAUGAUGAAGUUGACAGAAGAGAAACAGAUGCAGUGUGGUUGGCCACUCAGAACCACAGCACACUUGUAACGGACACCACAGUUGUGCCUUUUCUGCCGGUCAAUCCAGAGUACUCAUCUACCAGAAACCAGGGUCGUCAAAAAUUGGCAAGGUUUAGUGCUAAUGAAUUUGCCACCCUGGUUAUUGAUAUUCUAACUGAUGCUAAACGACGGCAGUGGGGUAAUUCCUGCGACAGUCCCAAAGAGAGUGUAGAGCUGAUCCUUCAAGGAAUAGACAGUCGCCAUAACAGUGAGAGCCAAGACAAUGACCAGCCCGAUUAUGACAGUGUGGCAUCCGAUGAAGAUCCAGUGUUGGAAGCCACCUGUGGUGACAGCUGCAAUGAUGGAAGGACCAAGAGCUCGGAGUCCUCUGACCUCUCUGAUGGACCAAUAACAGUACAGGAAUUUAUGGAGGUGAAGAGCGCCCUAACUGCAUCAGAAGCCAAAAUACAACAGCUUCUUAAAGUCAACUGUCACCUCAGUGAAGAGCUGCGUAGCAUGCAGAGCAAGCUCAACUCCCUGCAGACUGAAAACACAACACUGCGAUGGCAAGCCCCCAGCGGACAACAACAGCUCCAGGGGCCCUUUGGUCGACACCCACCCCGCGGAGGUCGCGCCAUGUCCAUGUAUGAGACGGGCUCUUCUCCAAGGCAGUACCCCCACCGGGGGGAAACGGCUCGGCAUGAGGAUGGAGUCAUUUUACAACCCUUUCCAACCAAUAUUGGGAGGGGUCCUUUGGGGACGGCUGCUUCCUCCCUCCCUACCUUCCCCUCUUCCCUGUCCUGGUCGUGGGAUGAGCAAUCUCGAAGGGGCUGCAGUCUGGAAGGACAGAGUAUCAUGCUGGAGAAUGAUUAUGACUCUACGCCCAACCACUCUGAACUGGAGGAGACUGGCCUUCUUCCAGCCUCUGAAGCUGUGGAGCCAGGGGAGGAGGGGGGGGAAGAUGCCACUCUGCCAUGCACAGAGGAUGUCAUCUGUAAGACAGAGCAGAUCACCAAGAACAUACAGGAGCUUCUGAGAGCUGCCCAGGAGACCAAACAUGAAAGCUUCCUGCCUUGUUCAGAAAAGAUCUGCAUGGCCGUGACCGAGAUGGCCGCCCUGUUUCCCAAGAGGCCAUCCUCGGAGACUGUGCGAGGGUCUCUGUGUCUGCUCACUUCAAGUGCCAGUCGGCUCCAUGGAGAGUGCCAGAAGGCCGUAGAGCACAACCCCUUCCCGUCGGACAUCCAGCUGGUCACUCAGCAGGUCAUCCAGUGCGCCUAUGACAUUGCCAAAGCUGCCAAGCAACUUGUCACUGUGACAACCAAAGAAAACAACAACUAACUAAAACCCAAAGACAUUCCUGGUGCACCCAAAAUAGUUAAUCAAUGAUGUUGCUAAUCAAUGAUGUUGUAUUUAUCAGUGUAAGCAUUCAUACAUUCCUUUAAAAAUGAGAUGUAUCAUGCAAAAUUACAGAUCAAUCAAAACAUUAAUUUUGUUGUUUUUGUAUCACGGUUAUAAAGAGUAAACAAACCUCUUUAAAACUGUAGGACAGAAUCUGUUACUAUCCCUUACCUCACAAAGAGAUAACCGUUUAAUCCACACAAAAUCCAAAAGUGCAAUGUUGUGUGUAUAUAAAACGAUUAGAAUAAGAAGCAGUUGAGCCUUCCACGUAGUUUUCCACGUAGAGUUAACCUUAACCUACACCAGUGUUGUCAGUUUAUUUGCUUGAGCCAUUUUAAAUGACUACAGGAUGCAAUGACGGUAUUUUAAUCUUGAACCAUUGUGAUGCCACUUGCUUAGAGUUCAAAUGUUUGUUUAGUAAGCAAACCUGUGAUUAUAAAAGUAGCUUCAGUGCAUUGAGCACUAUGUAAGGCCAGCAGUACCAACAGUGUGCAAACCAUUCCAUCCAGCAGUUUCAGCAGGUGAUUCCAGUAAACUGUUCAGUUAGGUAUCAGUCGUUUUUGGAGUUAUAAUGUUACAGCCAUGCAUGCGUGUGCGUGUGCGUGUGUGUGUGUGCGUGCGUGUGUGUGGGUGUGUGUACACAGUUGUCACAGAGAUGGCCUCAAUGGCCCGUGUGAAAUCCAUUUUGAAUCAAUUUUAAUAGCAUUAUGCAAAUAUAUAAGAUGUGUGUAUCCAUUUAAUUCUUUAUCAAAAUUAACCCAAAUGCUAUUCUAUUUAUAAACUUUAUGUCAUACCUCUAAGAAAAUAUCAAUGUUUAUUUUCAUAAGCUUUUGUUUAACACGAUUCUCCUCACAGACUAACUUUUGUUCUGAGGUUUGGGACAUCUCAGCUGGCAGUAACAUGUGGGCACCUUGGGAUCUCUGUUUAUUUGGUGUGAUGCUGUAACUCCAGUGUGUUAGAUGCUACUUGUGGUCACAUACGUACAGCCAUGGCUUACAGUCACUGGUAAAGUAGAAAUGUGCCCUCAAAGUUUGGGUACCUGUUGUAGAACUUGGGUCUAAUGUGUCACUUGUUGUUGUGAGAUCAGUUUCAACCAGGGGUGGAAAGAGAACAAGAAUACCCUGCACAAGUGGAGUACAGUUAAUUCUAUUAUUAUAUUAUUCAAGUAGAAGUAAGAAAACCUUCUCAGAAGGUUGAUAAGAAGGGAAAGCGGUUCAAAUGAAAAGUCGGCAAAGGACGUCCUAAAUAAGUAUUAAAAAUAUUCAGUACAUAUUAUUACACCAUUGUCUUCUGUUUAUUUCAAGUCCACUGCACAGUAGAACAUUUUAUUUUAUUUCAAAUCAUUUUUUUAUUUUUUUUAUUGUGUUAAGAUCUUUUUUGUUUUAUCUUAUUGUAGGGGUGCCCUGAAGAGCAAUCUUGUCUCGUGAUUAGCCACCAAUUACUUUUAAGUAUCCUUUUUGCACUGAUCUUAAUGCAAAGCUAUUGAACAUGUUAGUAGAGCCUAACUCGUCUUGUCCAUUAUUCUUCAACAUCUAUCUAAAGUUUGCUAACAUUAGCCACCAUAAACUAGUAGUGGUCAUGCCAGACCAGUCUAUGUACCAGACCAAGUAAUAAUGAUUUGGCCAAACCUCUGACUGUAAUGAAUUGAGCAAAAUGAAAGUAAAAUUACAGAUUUUAAAAUUCUAAUAAAACGGCGUGUUUUCAGUUACUUUCCACCCCUGGUUUUAUCCCUGACAUUUAAUCCCAUGUAACUUAUAGCCUGCUACUACCUCUGUGGUUGAAAACAAUCCCUGCCCUAGGUUUAAUAAAGUAUAAUUCAUACCUCAACUA